AUGCCCGAGAACCGCUACCCGUUUUGGCUCGGAGGUGUCGCUGCUUCCCUUGCAGCAUGCUGUACACAUCCUCUGGACUUGACAAGAGUCCGCAUGCAAACAUACAUCCCGCCAUCCGGUGGUCAUGUAUCCGUUCUACAUGUCAUCCGCACGACGGUAGCUGAGUCCGGCGUCCGCUCCUUAUUCACCGGCAUCUCCGCGUCCAUCUUCCGCCAGAUGACCUACUCGCUCGUUCGCAUAGGCGCAUAUGAAAACAUGAAGUACCGACUUUCGAAGGACGGGAAGAAGACUUCUUCCGGGAAGCUAUUGCUGGCUGCAAUGGCUGCGGGGGGACUAGGUGGGAUGGCUGGCAAUCCCGCAGACGUUCUCCUCGUUCGCAUGACGAGUGACUCCAUUCGACCACCUGAGCAACGCUUCAACUAUUCGAAUGCGCUCUCAGGUCUGGUCAGCCUGACACGGAAUGAGGGUUGGAAGGGCCUGACACGAGGUAUUGGCACCAACACGUUCCGUGCUAUACUGAUGAAUGCAUCGCAAGUGGCUUCGUACGACUACUUCAAGAGCAAACUCUUGGGCAACCGAUUGCCUGGAUCGGAUUACCGCUUCAAAGAUGGUCUCCUGCUUCAUAGCGUAUCAAGUCUAUCUGCUGGACUUGUCGCCACAACUGUUUGCGCCCCGGCCGAUGUUCUGAAAUCUCGGCUGAUGUCCCAGAACGCCAAAGCGCACCCGAUAACAAUCCUCAAGGAAUCCCUGGCAACGGAAGGCCCUCGGUUCCUGUUCAAGGGUUGGACACCUGCAUUCAUUCGUCUCGGUCCCAACACCGUCUUGCUAUUCGUUUUCUUAGAGCAACUGAAGAAGGGUUGGAACACCUUAGCAUCAUAG